AUGCGCUUUGAUGCCGCCAGCGCCAUGCUCUAUCUUUCAACUCCGCAGGAGGUCACAGAGCUUUUAUCGCUGCGGGCAGGACCGGCGCCGGGAUUUGUACAUAGAAACGCUUUGGAACUGGUCGUUUUGACCAGACAGGCGCCGACCCCUGUCAGCUCGCCCAAGGAGGUCCCCACCGAGCCCGAACCCAGCUCUUCACCGCCUUUAACGGGUUGGACACGUCUCACCGCCUUACGCCCUAGUGCUCCCCCUCCAGGAAAUUUGCAUUUGCCACCGAGUGCUGAGCCGAACACUGAGCCAAAGGAGCCGGAGUCAAGCCCGGAUGCAUCACUUGGAGGUGGUGAGUUUACCCAGAAACGAUGCCCCACCGAAGUGGAGAUGUCGGUGACUGGAGACGUGCAGUUCCAGAUUGACAUCUCGAAGAUUUGCUUUUUGAAGGAGCAGCAUUUCCGCGACGACAUGGCCGCUCCCGUGCCUCAAGUGAUGGACCAGAAGGUAGAUACCGAGAUCGCGGCACCAGCGCAAGUGUCAAUGAUGGAGGACCCACAGCAUGGUGCCUACAGUCGUUAUGAGUCCUUGGGCCAAGCGCACCCAUCGUCCGGAGAUUCCAUGUUCUCAAAGCUCUUUUGCGUGACCGCAUCCAUCGGAGAUGUGGCUGGAGAAGUCAUGGUGGGUGAAGAGACCAAAUUCUGCUGCAUUCAGAGUCAGGUCUUCUGUGGCUUCGAUGGAGGCAGCAAGUGUCCUCAGGCCAACGGUGGAUGCUUCAUGUUCAAACCCGAGCUGGUCUGCGAAGGUUCCGCCAAGCUCUUCUGUAUCAAGGCUGGUUUCACCGGCCAAAAAUGUGGGGUUCCUCCUCCCAAAGGCGCCUCUCAUCGUGUGCUGUCAGAAGGAAGUUUAUGGCGGCUACUGAACGCGCCCGGGCGGGACUGCUCGCGUCGUAGUGCCUUACGGCCUCUAAAGAUUAUGCUGCACACUGCGCGACGGAGAAAAGACCUGAUGUCUUGGGCAGACCUGGCGAUGCCAGGCGAUGCCAGGAAGCAUGCCAUGGGGUGUCCAAAUGGAUACCAAUAG